AUGUUUCAAUCAAUUAAACUUGUAUUUUUCGCAUACAUUUUAACCUUAUUAGGUUCGAAUACAAUUGUUAUUGUAUUAGCUGGACCAGGAAAUCGAAGACAUUUUCCGUUACUUUUGGAUGAUGAAUAUAAUACGGGAAAACGUAUACAACGACCGGCAGAAUGUAUAUUGGGCAAACAAGUUCACGAAAUUGGAUCAACAUGGUUCCCAGAUCUUGGACCGCCGUUAGGUGUUAUGUACUGUAUGAAAUGUGAAUGUAUUCGAAUUCAGAAAAAGCGACGAGUUGUCGCCCGUGUACAAUGCCGUAAUAUUACCAAUGAAUGUCCGGAACCAAAAUGUGCAGAACCAGUUUUACUUCCGGGAAGAUGUUGCAAAAUAUGUCCCGGUGAAAAGAACAGUCCUGAUGUAGUUCAAGUACACCCACCACAUUUGUUUGAUGCAGAAGAUGAAAAAAAUUUCAAACACUUUGCAACAUUAAUGACAGCUCGUACAACGAUACCAUUGCGAACGGAUGAUCCAUACUACACGCCAAACAAUUUAAACAACGUUGUAGCAACUGGUCGUUUCACUUUCCAUAAAAAAAGUUUAUUCUAUUCAUUUUAUGUAUCCGAUAAAGCAGCACGUCCACGACUUUUACAAUUCACUGAUUCCGAAGGGAAUAUAUUACGUGAACAAGUUUUAUCGGCUCCCGGCGGUGUUGUGAAUAGUUUAUAUCAAAAUGCGACUGGGAAAAUAUGCGGAGUUUGGCGACGUGUUGCACGGGAUUAUCGUCGUAUCUUACGUGAUGAUCGUAUGUUUGUAACACUUCUAUGGGGUGCCAAGGAACAGCAAGAAUUGGCUUUAAGUGGUCGCAUUGCACGAUAUCCAACAUUGAGUACGGAGUUAUUUAGUUCUUUGCUUGAACCAGCACCGGAUACAGAUACAAAACUUAUGCAUGGAGCUGGUGCAACAGCGAUUGUUUCGAUUUCAUCAACACUAACACCCGUAAUUCGUGUUACCUUGGUGUUUAACGGUGUUUUUGCUCCGGAUGAUGUUGCGGAUGUACCAAUUAAUAUAACAUUAAUGUUAGCGAAAAAGCAACAAAUUAUUAUGCAAGAAACAAAACGUAUUGCUAAACCAUCUUCAGAAUUGAAUGUACUUGAAAUUAAUUCAAUAAUUUCUGCAUCUGAUUUGCGUUUAUUAACUAGAGGCAAACUUGUUAUAUCUGUGACAAAUAAGUUGCGACCAGAUGACCUAAGACUUACUGGUUCAGUCAUAACUCGUACAACAUGUGAAUUAUUUCAAACACAAUUAACAUCAGCAAUUAGUGACACAGCAUCAACACCACAUACCACCGGUUUAGCGUGGGUGUAUUUAAAUCGUGAAGGUUCAUUAGUUUAUCAUGUACAAGUCGAUGAUUUAACACUGGAAAAUAAUUCAUUGAUUACAUUGGUCGAUGUCAGUGGUAAACGAAAAAUGGAGUUAGAAGAUCUUACACCAUCGUUACGAUCCGGUUGGGCUAAUGGCACCCUUGAAAAAUUAGCACCACGUGUUUUAGAACCAUUAUAUGCGGGCAAAAUUGAAGUUAAUGUUGCGACACAAGAUGUAGAUAGUGUUAUUCGAGGACGUUUAAUUGCAAAACCAGUAGCGGAUGCACGAGAUUCAUCAGCUCCGUUACUUAUGAAACGUGUUGAUUCUAGUAUACCACAAAAUGUCGUCGGUAUGGCUUGGUUUGCCAUUGAUAUCGAUUGCAAUAUGCAUUAUGAAGUACAAUUUUCUGGUAUUGAAGAUAAAAAUAAAUGGUAUAAUUUGUAUUUGGAACAAAUACCAUUUAUUGCACCUGGAGCUCCGGUCACUAAACGAUUAUUGGAAGAAGAUUUUAAAGGAAAUCAAGUUGAAGGAUUUGUUUUGAAUGUACCACAAGCAGAGUUGGCGCGUAUUGAUUCUGGUGUUUCGUAUUUAAUCUUACGGGAAGAAAAUGAUCGAGUUUUGUUAAAUGCAACUUUAAAACAGGUGAAAGUUCCAUACAAUUGUCUUCCCCUAUAUUCGGACUCCAACAAUGAUGUGUCAGCAUUAAUUAAUAUGGACUCUGCGGAUGGUGUUCAACAACCACAAAAAUGUUAUCAUGAAUCCCAAUUUUACGAAUUAGGCGCACAAUGGACUAGUAAACAUGAUCCUUGCACAAUGUGCCAUUGUCAUCUUGGCAAAGUAAAAUGUGAUACAUACAAAUGUCCUGCAUUACACUGCCCGGUGAAUAUGGUUAAGAAAACUGAACCAGGUGUCUGCUGUCCAAUAUGUGCAAAUUCAACAGAAGAGAAUAAUUUCGACACAAAACAAGGCUGUAAUUUGGCAAAUAAAUAUUAUCCACCAGGAAGUAGUUGGAACCCAUACAUACCACCAAUGGGCUUCGAUUAUUGUGUUACAUGCACAUGUGAAGAAGGCAAUUAUCGUGUCAACUGUCAACGUCAAUCAUGUCCACCAUUAAAUUGCCACGAAAGCGAAGCAAUUCGUUUAAAUGAAACCUCAUGCUGUAAAGUAUGUCCCGAAACGAAAUCACAUAAUCAUCCACCACCUUCUGAACCACAAAUUGAUAAAUUCCAACGUGAUGAAGGUAUGAAAGUAAAUAUGGUUGCGAAGAAAAAUCGUGCUGAAAUUUUAGCUGCAGGCGGAUGUAUUGUACGCAAUGAUGUGUACGAAAAUGGCGAAGAAUGGCAUCCUAAUUUAUAUGUGGGUAAAGCACCAUGUAUAUUCUGUAGAUGUAAGGAUAAGAAAUCAUCAUGUGAAAGAAAAAGAUGUCCUCGAUCACUUUGUCGGCAGAAUCGUAGCAUUGACAUAUUUAAAUACUCUGAACCAUUAGACGAAUGUUGUGCUCAAAUAUGCAGUAAACGUAACAGAAGGCAUCAUGGACAUCGGUCACGUAAUUUCAACCAUAGUUGAAAAAACUAUUAAAACAACAGAAGAAAACAAAAACAGAAGAACAACUACCUAGAAAUAUCAUCGUCAUACAAGAUCAUCAUCUUCGUCAUAAAACAUAAUUAUUUUAUUAUUUACACACUAAUCCUUGUUGAGAACGAGAGAGAUUGAACGAGUGCAAAGCAGCGUUUUUUGUUUUAUUUUGUUUUUUUUUUUU